UUUUUUUUUUUUUUCUGAAUCCAUUGUGCUAAAAUGGAGUUAAAAUUAUGUAGUAAUAUACUAAUUUGUAUCCCAUCUCUAAUGGGUAGAGUGGGAGGAUUAUAUUUUAAUUUGUGUAUGGACUAUACCUUUCCCUUGGUGGUAGCAAAUCAUUAUUUAGUCUAAAAAUAUUGUUAAGUGUUUUGCUUUCCAUUUAUAUUCUUUUGCUUUUAUCAUUGGAUUGAUUAUUGAUUUCAAUCCAAGCAUUUUAUAUGUAUAAUGAAACCUCUUCAUCAGUUGCUAUAAUUUUAAAAAUAUUGUGGUUUCUCAUACAAUAGGGCGCUUUAAGUUUGUAUCUCUUACUAUUUUGUCUCUUAGAUCACAUAGAAAAUGGUGAAGGCUGUUGCUGUUCUUAACAGUAAUGAGGGUGUCUGUGGAACUAUCUACUUCGCUGAAGAAGGAGAUGGUUCGACUACAGUGACUGGGAGUCUUUCUGGCCUUAAGCCUGGACUUCAUGGCUUCCAUGUGCAUGCCCUUGGGGACACAACAAAUGGUUGCAUGUCAACUGGACCUCAUUUCAAUCCUGCUGGAAAAGAGCAUGGUGCUCCUGAAGACGAGAAUCGUCAUGCUGGUGAUUUAGGAAAUGUCAUUGUUGGUGAGGAUGGUACUGUUAAUUUCAAAAUUGUUGACUUUUUUUUACCUCUUUGUCUUCUUUUUCUUUUUAUUCUUUUUACCAGCUAGGUUGAAAUUUGGUUCUUGUUAUCUAAAAAAUGUAUUUGUCUCUGUUUAAAGAUUCCUCUCACUGGAUCAAACUCCAUUGUUGGAAGGGCUGUUGUUGUCCAUGCUGAUCCUGAUGAUCUUGGAAAGGGGGGACAUGAGCUCAGCAAAAGCACGGGAAAUGCUGGUGGCAGAGUAGCCUGUGGAGUUAUCGGAUUGCAAGGCUAAAAAACUAGCUCUACCGACGCUCAUGGUAAACACAUGUAGUUGAAGACAUUUGUUUUGUCAUGCAUGAGAGAUCCCUAGACAAGACUCAAAAACUUGAAAGAAUAAAGGGAAGAAGGUUGUCCUUUAUGGUGUGAUGUAUGAUGUUAUGAUCUUAAAUCUUUUGUGUUAUUUCCCAGUUAUAUCUAAAACUUCCUCUGGUUUUG